AUGUCUCUGACCGACGAAGAGCUAGAGCGACUCGCCAGGGAGGAGAUACUGCGCGAAACGAGACGCGGUGCCGAGAGGGCGAAAGACCACGGCGCCUACGGCUGGGAGAAACCGCGUGUACAUCCGACCAACAAGAACUUUCUCAAGAACACGAUCCUCAGCACCUUGGUCAGCAGGAAAGGCGGAAGAAGAGGAGAGGCGAAGACAGAGUCGGAGCGCAAGCCCGAAAAGGACAGUCGUCCAGUUGACGGCGGAGGCAGGUCGGCCCGUCGCCAGUCUUUUGAGAACCGCCCGAAAAAACCAUCACAGGACCCACGCGAUGAUCGGAAGGUCACUGCUGAUAAAUGUGACCGGAAAAGGACUCACGACGGUGUUCGGAAGAACAAGCAGUGA